CUAAAAGCCGUUCCAUAUGGAAUGGUACUGUAUCUACCUACGGAUAUGACAAAUCAUGAUACAUGAAGAGGAAAUAACACAAGACAUCCUACCUAACUAACUAACAAGUAUUUGCCCUCCGGUCUCACCGGAUGAUUUGAGUGCCCAAGGUUCUGGCCGAAGUACGGGCCGCCCGCCUCGCGUCGAGACAGCCUUUGGGCUCUACACGCCAGCGACACUUUGGGUUCUGAAAAUCUCCCUGGACGGCUCAUGCAAGAAUGCCUUCGUUAUGGACCACAGCAUACAAUCGGGAAGAUCAAGAAUAUGGAUCGAUGCUCUGUCUUCGUUGGGGCCGUUUCUUGGAGAAAAAGCAAAAGAGCACACCGAAUCCUGGACGCAUCAGCUCCCCUGCUAGGGCGACGUGGAAGCCUCGAUCGCGAACUAAUGGCGCAACCCUGCAAGAAAAGAUCUUCGAAAUCUUACGGGUCGAUGGAUUAUCGACCUUCCUAUUUAGUCUAAUAGUCUGCGUCGACAAAGGGCUGCUGCGAGCAAGGGAGCCAGGAUACCCUGACUCUCAAAGCUGACAAGCUUGCCUUGGCUUUCAGUCGUCCGCACUGACCUUGCACCUGAACCUAGGAUAUCCUGGCUGUCUCUUCGUUUUGUCUUGCGGUACCCUGCGUGUGCUCUUAGCGCGGGCCACAGCAACUUGCACACCUGAAACUACUCCGAACAGAAAGGAUAAUCCUUGUCUAGGAGGCGUUUGUAUUGUACGUACGCUUUGAAUCAAAUUGGCAAUCCGUACAUACACGGAAGAUGUCUUCAUAUAAUCGAUGGUCUCAGCUUAA